CAAGCAAAACAAAUUUGGUCACCGUCGGAGUGAAGUGAGGGAGGACCUAUGUUUUGAUCAGUCGUUGGCCGUUUUGCAUGGGUUUAAUCAACAAUAUUCACAUCAUAACUCAUUCGGGACAUACUGGCAUCCUCGUCAGGUUCAGAAGACGGUGGAGUUUCGCCCCCACCGCGGAAAAAGCAGCGAUUUUCUGCCACUAACAUGCAGGCUAAUGGCUGCCCCCAGCACAAUGGAGCGACUGAGAUAGCAACAACUUCACAGCAAAAUGGAACGUGUUCCUCUCUCACGAAUGGGGAAUUAGACAAACCUGUACCUCCCAAAUCAAUGUCACAGACUGACCAAGAUAUCGUCCGAUUGAUUGUGCAGCAUUUGAGAGGACUUGGUUUGAACCAAACUGCUGAACAACUUAUUUCUGAAUCAGGAUGUAUGUUGGAACAUCCUGCUGCUGCCAAACUUCGUUCACAUGUAAUGAAUGGAGAAUGGGCAAAGGCAGAACUAAACCUGGAAGAACUCAAAACGCUGAUUGAUAGUCCACAAGGAAUUUCUAAAAUGAAAUUCUUGUUAUUAGAGCAGAAGUAUCUGGAGCUGUUAGAAGAUGGACGGGAGAUGGAUGCUUUACAUUGUCUCCGACAUGAGUUAACUCCACUUAAAUUCAACACAGAAAGAGUCCAUGUCUUGUCAGGGUACAUGAUGUGUUGUAAUCCUGAAGAUUUACGCGAAACAGCUGAGUGGCAAGGGAGAGGUACCGAAUCGAGGACCAAGCUUGUGGAAAAGCUUCAGUCUUUCUUGCCACCAACUGUGAUGUUACCGCCUCGCCGAUUGCUGACAUUACUAAAUCAAGCUGUUGAGAUGCAGAAAGACAAAUGUCCUUAUCAUAACACAAAGUUUGACAGCAACCUUGAAGCUGUCUCACUCUUGAUAGACCAUGUCUGUAGCAGAGAGCAGUUCCCGUCCACUACCAUCCAGAUUCUCAAUGAGCAUUGUGAUGAGGUUUGGUUCUGCCGGUUUUCUCCUGAUGGUACAAAACUUGCUACAGGAUCUAAAGAUGGCUCGCUGAUCAUAUGGGAGCUAGACAUGAUGACUUAUGAGCUCACACGGAUUAAGAGCCUGGACAGUCAUUCCUACGGGGUAUCAUAUAUUGCCUGGAGUCCAGAUGGUACACACAUCAUAGCAUGUGGUCCCGAUGACUGCUCUGAUCUCUGGCUCUGGAAUGCAGAGACUGGAGACUUGAGAGUAAAGAUGAGCCAAUCCCCAGAGGAUAGUUUAACCACAGCAGCCUGGCAACCAGACGGCAAAAAGUUUGUCACAGGAGGCACCAGGGGGCAGUUCUAUCAAUGUGACCUUGACGGUAACAUGCUGGACUCAUGGGAGGGUGUAAGGGUCCAAUGUAUGGCAUGUCAGACCGACGGCAAGAGUGUAUUGGCAGCCGACACCCACCACAGAAUACGAGGCUACAACUUUGAUGAACUAACAGACUACAACAUAAUUCAGGAAGAUCAUCCUGUCAUGUCUUUCACACUUAACGAAACGGGGAGAUUAGCAUUACUGAACGUUGCGACUCAGGGAGUACAUUUAUGGGAUUUAAAAGAUAGGUGCUUAGUUAGGAAAUUUCAAGGCGUUACACAAGGAUUUUACACAAUACACUCAUGCUUUGGAGGUCUCAACCAGGAUUUCAUUGCCAGUGGAAGUGAAGAUCAUAAAGUAUAUAUAUGGCAUUUACGAAGAGAAGUGCCUAUAGCAGUGUUAGAAGGUCAUACAAGAACUGUUAACUGUGUUCACUGGAACCCCAAAGUGCCUGGCAUCAUAGCAAGUGCUUCAGAUGAUGGCACUGUUCGAAUUUGGGGACCUAUCGAUAAAGUCAAAAUAGGUAAUGGUGCAGAGUCAGGACGGAGUACGCCGGUAUAGCGAAAGGCCAAGUGUAUGACAUUGACUAUAUAGAUCUCUCACAGUCUGGUACAAGUGCCAGGUCUGAUCAUCAACACAUCUCCUCCAGACAUUUCCAUUUCCACCAAAUCAUUCAUGAGUGACAGCAUAUCACAGUAUAGUGAUAACUGGAUGUAAAGGAUACCAUUGGAAAGAAAUAUCAAAUCCUUAAUGCAUCAAUCUAUAUCCAUCCACACCAUCAUUGUCUUUGUUACUUUGUACUCAAUAUGCUACUAUAAAAGUGGCACCGUAACCUUCUAACAAAAGGUGUGCAGGUAUUUAACAUGUGAUACAAUAUCAAACAGUCUUUCUUUUCUCAAAUCCUUUUCCAAACCAGCAAACAUUAAAACUAUCAUUGAUUUAUAAUCAUAUUGUUAAUGACCCCAACAGGAGGUCAAUCAAUCAAACAUGUUUGAUAUUGUAGUGAUCAAAAUAUUUAUGGAUGCCCAUUGCGUUAUACCAAAUAAGUUAAUUAAAUAAGAUAAUUUUCAAGUCGCAGCUUAAGAACACAUUGUGGCGAUGUGUAUCAAUGUGGCAGUCUGUACUAUAUCAUAAAAACAUCUUACUAUAGCUAUAUCUGUGAAACAGGAAAAAAAACUGUGCUGCAAUUUUGAAGUGAGUAAAUAGUAGGGCUUCCAAAAUACUGUAUCUCCCAGUUCCAAGCAUGAGAAAGCUCUUGACACUAGGAAGUAAAUCUUUGUUCUUGUUUUCCGUGACCUAAAGAUAUGAGUUGUCUUUUGAGUACAUGUAACAGGUGUUGUAUGUUUAACAUUGCUCUUUGGCCUCCAUUUAUGCUAAAUAGUGACAUCUGGAAUUUUUGUUUAUCGCAAUCAGGACAGUUUCAGAAAUUAACACAGAAUUGCUCAUUUAUGAAAUCAUGGCAGGCUUUGAGAUCUUAUCGGUAUUUUUCUUUCUUGUAAGCCAUUACUUAGGCCUGUAUUAACAUCUCCGAGGUAUUAGAAUUUAUCAAUGGAAUGUUACAUUUAGAAAUAGGCGAGCCAGGUUGUAUGCAUAAACGAACAAACAAUCUCGGUGUCUACAUAGCUUUUUAAAUCUUUGUAAUGGUAUGCAAUACUAGAUCAAAAAAUAUUGGAAGCUAUGAGUUCAAUACUGGUUAAUGGCUAGCAAAUACAGAAAUCAUGAAAUCAGCAAAUUGUACAGGAGACAACUCAAAAUAUCCAACCUAAUUCAUCUGUGAUAAUGUUAACCUGUCAAAGAGAUUUAUUGUUGAUUGUUCAGAGAUCACUAUGAUAUUCCUAUUGUUGAUGAUAAAGAAUUGUUUAUCAAUGAUUUCUACACUCAGUACCAAUUACUGACAUCAACUGUGGUACAAUUUAUUUAUGCUCAGUAUGAACGAGUACUUAGAUUCUUAGUUCUGAAUGGUUAAACCUGAAGAAUGGUACUUAACGUGAUCUGUGUGUGCUUAUCAGUCAAGUUUUGUCUUGCACAAUUUUUAUGUAUCUGGGAUGAUAUACACUUUGAACAUUGUUGUUAUGUAAGAGUCGGUCAGUUGAUGUGUUCAGCUUCAAUCAACCUAUAAAUGCCAUUGUAUAUUACAUGUACAUAACAGCAAUGGGGUGUAGAAUAAUUCUGAUUUCAUAUUCCAACAAUUUUUAUGUUUGAUCAUUGUUUCAGUGAAACUGAGGAGACUUAUUUUUGUUGUGUAUGAAAUAUUUUUUCAAAUAUUGAUAUUACUGUGUAUGCACUUCGAUAGAUUGUUGUCUGCACUCUAUCCUGUCGGAAAGGCUGUUUUUUGGUAUCAUAUACCAAGUACAUGUAUUGAUAUCUAAUGUUUAAAACCAGGAAUUUUAGUAGCCAAUUUGUCUAACCCUUUGUAGAAUAUAGCUAUCUAACCAGUGCUAAUGAACUUCUCUCUCUUUCCUUCCUCACAAACCCUUCUUUUGAACUGUCUGUUAACUUCUCUUUUCAUAACUAUUACUCUUCUGUAACUAUUUAACCCUGAAUGUUUGGCAGUGGAUUGUUGACAGUAUUACAGUGUUUGUUGUACUGAAGUGUGAAAUUGAUGACUACAGUUCCUGUGUUGUCCUGAGAUAUGUUAUUUUAUAGUACAAAUGUACUUUAUUAAGAAUAUGCGAUGAAGCAUGGAAGUCGCAUGCUUAGACAAAUGGAAGAAUUAACAUAAAGAAUAAUUAUAAUGCCAUUUUUUAUUUACAUGUUUUUCAUAUUUUUACAAUGUAUGUAAUAUAUAUAUAUAUAUAUAUAUAUCUAAGUUAAUUUGUGUGCAAGUUCAGAUUGAAUGUUUGUCCAUAUGUAAGGUUAGCAUGUAAAGGGACAAUUGCUACAGAUUGGUCUAUACUCAAUCCAUUCUCAAUAAUGUUAUACUUCUUAUUACUUCCUAGCAUGACCUCAAAAUACUGGUAUCUGGUAAGAAGAUUAUUUAAUGCCAUAAUUUUUGUGAAAAAUUCUAAAUCAACUUUUUAUAAAUUCAUAUUAAAAUAAAAAAGGACAUUGAAAGUACAGUGUGUGCUUUAGUGGUAAGAUUUAACAAAUUUGUUAUCAAACCUUUGAAGAAAUAUAUUAUUUUUCAAUAUGAAAUUGUCAUUUAGACUGGAAAUGCUAAUGUAUGUGAAAAAAAAUCGUCUUUUUUUUUUUUAAAUUGAUGAUCUAUGGUGGAAGAAAUGAAGACUCAACAUUUUGGCUCGAGUGUUGUCCAUUUUGUAACAUCCUGUGCUGUUUACUUAGUAUUCUGUUGGUUUUAUCUUUGAUUUUUAAUUGUUCUUUUUAUCCUAUUUUUUUCCUUGGUUUACUUGAUGACUUGUUACAGUGAGAGAGCCUAUUUAUCUAUGUUCUGUCCUGUGUGGGAAUGGUAUAAUUAACCUGUGAUUAAUUAUGUGACUAAUUAUUACUGAUAACAUGUGUCCAACUAAGGUCAAUUGAUUCUUAAUGAGGAUAAAAAUUAAUGAGAUCUCUGCAGUCUAUGCAUAUUCCUAUGAAAUAUUACAGAAGGCACUUUUUCAUUUUCAAUUGGCACCAUUCUGAAUCUUGAACAUUCUGUUUUAAUGCAUUUGUAAUAAAAGAAAAGGGACUAAGAGCAGUAUACCUGCAUGUGGUAUAUGAUUAGUGAAUUAGCACAUACAACUUCAUCUUCGCUUACCAAGGGUACAAUCCAGUACCUUCCUUUUCACCCUUGGUAGACAAAGAGAGUAUCAUAUUAAAUACUCUAGGCUAGAGGAGAUGAUCAAACUUGUGUAGAUGGAAUCUAUCAAGUUUGUGGGAGUUGUCAGUGAUAAGCGAGAUGAGCAAUACAUUGAAUAUGACUAUCGUGUAUGAUUUGAACCACAGGAGUUGAUUGCCGUGUUUGUCAUUGUGGUGUUGCCUUAUGAAAUAACAUGUCAUGACAUUUGAUACAUUAUAACCUAGUGUAGUUAUCUGUGUUAUUCUUGUGAGGUUUUGUAGACCAGCAAAUCAGCUUUAGGUAAUACAAUGGUAGAGUUAGCAAUGUUCUCUGUAUCUUUGACUUUAUACACUCCCCUGUAGUGUGGAGAUCUGGCAGUCUUUUUACAUGUAGGUAGAGAUGUAGUGCUACAUACAUUUACCCAUUGCCCAUCAUAUCAAUUUCUGUACUGUUCCAUUAAAACUGCCAAAUUUUACAUGCAAGCUUGGGGAUGGAGAAGUGUCGCAUACUAAAAUUGGAUUUUGUACUCCAAAAUAUACAGAAUUAUGGCCCUUUGUUCUCCAUGCUUCUUUUUGCCAAUGGUAUAUACUGUGUCACCUACAUUUGUCAAAAAUUGUAUGUGUACCAAGUACUCUUCUUGGGAUAUCAUUGUCUAGUAAUGAUACUGGGUCCCCACUAUACAGAUUUGCAGCCCUUUGUUCAUUCUAGAUACCAAACUAUGGCUAGAAAUAGGAGGCUUUGGAUUGCUUGCAAUACUUAGCCUUAAAAAUAAAAAAAAAGUAAACUUGUAUUAAAAUAGUUUUGAAAGAAAAAUUAAAUUGUACUUUAAAAAAAAUGCAUUGAACUUCAGUAUCAGUUAGUGUUGAUAGAUUUUUAAGCAGAUUUGUGAAUAUCCCACUUUUCUGAAUGCAAUUUGACCCUGUAACUACCAGGUAUACAAUGCUCACCAAAUUCAUUUCUCUUCCCAAUUUUUUAUGACCAAAAAAGGUGAAGUAUACAACUGGAAACUCCUGUAGUAUAUGCAAGGAAAAAUGAUUUAAACACGGUUUUCUUCAUUACAAUUUGUCAUUUAUUUUCAAAAUCAAAAUCAUGUUGAUUUCAAAAUCUUCAUUAAAAUUCCAAUUUAACUACAAUCAUGAUGUCAAUAUUCACAUUUUGGGAGUAAUUGUAUACAAAUGUGUAAGAUAAAAUGAAAAGCCAGAUAUGUGAUAAUUUGUGUACAAAUGAGUGUGGUGGGCAGUGUUCUCCACAUUACUGGCCCAUCACCGGGAAUGAAACAAUGCACGGAAGUGACUGCAUGCAUAAUUUAAUGAUAACUACCUACUAGUAGUAUAUCCCAUUGUAAGCGAGGCGCAAAAUUAUAUUGUUUUACAUCCAGCUUAGUCGGUGAGAAAAUACUGCAUUUUUCUUUCUUUUUAUGAUAAUUCACAUGUAAGAAAUACAACAAAAUGGUUUUCAUAUAUUAUCAAUAAAGAAAUAUAUGCUGAGA